AUGCCCAUAACGAUCUCUUCUUACGGUCCGGAUAUCGCCCGAGCCAAGAAAUACGUCUAUUUAACCGGGGCCGCGUACUGUUUCGACAUUCCCGCUUGGUCGUGUCCGUACUGUCAAAAAGCGCAAAGUUUGGGGUAUGACUUCCACGCUCAAGUUUACAACAAGCUGGCCAACACGCUGGCUUUUAUCGCGGUUAAUAAAAAACUUAAAGAGAUCGUGGUUACGUUUCGGGGGACGCUAAAUAUGGCGAAUGUCGUUAUCGAUUUGCACCACUCAAUCGUGAGCAUUGACGCGGGUUCGACGGUGCUGGAGAGGGGGAAAAUGGAAAAAUUGGGAAAGUUUUUACAAGAGGAGGACGAUUAUGAAGUUGUACUGGCAGGUCACAGUCUCGGUGCGGCUGUAGCUUCAGUUACGCUGUUCAGGCUGAAAGAGGAAAUCCAACUUCCCUGGGAUUUUCCUACUCCGAAAUCCUACUCUUAUUUUGGAUACGGCACGCCCCGCGUGGGAAACCAGGCCUACGCGGACUACUGGAACGGUCAAGAAAUGCAGCUUACCCGGGUUGUCAAUAAGGCGGAUUUCGCCGCGCAUGCGCCAUCUUCCCUGGCUGGAUACGUUCAUCACGGCAACGAGUUAUGGAUUAUGCCGUCCGGAGAAGAAAAAGUGUGUUCCAAGACGGUCUACGAAGAUGAAAAAUGUGCCAAUUCCGUCGCCUCCAUGGCGAAUCUGCCAGACCAUUUGCAAUAUUGGGACGUAGCGUAUUUAUCGUGCGCAGGAGCAGAUCCGGUCUCCACGGCGAAACAAUUCUUCAUUCCUGUAACGAGGUCAGGGUGA